AUGUCGUUAUUUGGUGGUAGCGCUCCGCCACCGCCCUCCUCCUACGAAUCCACAACCUCAUCGUCUUCAUCGGCGCGCUCGUCGCCGUCAGUCGAGGAGAUCCCGGACCCGCGCAACGUGCAAGAAGCACAGACUCCCGCUAUCCCGAUUUCUUUAGACGUGAACGAUGACCUGGAUACCGAUAGCGAGUCCGCACGCGACGAGUCUGAAGAAGAGGACGACGACAACGAGGUACCGGCGCGCCCGAAUCGCUUUGACGGACCGCCGCAAACAUGGCAGAGCUACACCGAAGCGGAUCGCCAGAUAGCCGACUCCCUCGAUCAGCUGCAAGAGACAGAUCUUGCAGUACACUUGUAUAAUGCGCAUGCGCUCAAGCGGCGGUUACGACGAGCGCCAGAAGACACGGCGAAGGUCAAGAACUGGCAGAAUAGGGACAACUGGCUCAAGACUGGGCAGGAUCUGGAAUACGUGGAUGCGGCAGGAUUUACGCAGACGGCGGUUGUACCUCCCAAAGACUGGACGGCAUGGCCAAUCCCUCCAGACGAAGAGCCUCCGAGCGACCAUGUGGACGAAUGGACUACGGGACGCGCAAGCAUGGAGGAUGCAGGAGACGACCUGCGGGAGGAACUUUUAGCUGUUUUUAUGCGGCUGGCGAAAGAGACGUGGAAUUCACGCGAAACGCCUUCGUCUGACUCUGAGGUUGGAAACGACACAGCAGCUUCACGAAGUAGAUCUCGAUCACAAAGCGCGGAUACUGCGAAACCGAACAACAAGCCCAGGGCACAAGCCACGACGGACGAUGUCGAGGACGGCAAUGAUACCGAACGCGAUCAGGCGACUGGGAAGAAACGUGGCAGAAAACCUCGCACCGAGAAACUCGUGGAGCCGACUCUGUUAGCAGACGACGCUAGGGCACAGCGACUUCUCCAGCCGACAAUACACAACAUGAUGGGGAAGCUAGACGAGCUUGCCCUAGCCAUUCGCCGAACGCGCGUCAAUCACUUUGGUCGUGUCGAGCGGUCCGAGAUCAAGGUCUACAUCGAGAGCCCGAUCGAAGAGUGCGACAAGCCGCAGAUCUAG